AUGGCUUCCUCUCCCAAGCAGGCUCUGCAGCUGAUCAUCGUGCCUCAUCGGCCCGUCCACACCGACGAGGAAAUCAAUCGCGACCUGGCGCCCGCGUUUGGGAUUUUGCAAAAAGCCCCAGGCCUCAAAAACCUCUGGCGCGGCAAAAAGCAUGAAGACCGCCACACCCAAGUAGCCCUCCUGCUCUGGGACAGCCUGGCGGCCAGCCACGCCUUCUUCACCAGCCCGGCCUACACGGAAUUCCACCGGGUGGUGCAGCCGGCCCUGAACGGCCGCAAGAUCGAGUGGCAGAACCACGUCCUGAUCGACGCCACCGGUCUGGACGACCAGGCCCAUCUGGCCAGCAUACUGACCUCGCCCGCCAUCGAGGUCGCCCUGACCAAGGUGGUCGAGGGAGGCGUCGCCGGCUAUUAUUCGCAGUUCCGCAACAUCGUCGUCCCCAUCCUGGACGCCGAACCGGGCGCCGACGGUCACUUUAUCAGUCCGUUGGUGGAGAACCCUCAAGACCAGUUGUUGUUGAUUAAUUGGAAAUCGGUUGAUGCCCACCACGAAGACUUUGAAAAGGCACCCGGCUUCAAGGCCUGCAUCGACGGCCUCAAGGACUACUAUGCCGUCUUUGUCGUGCCGUGGCACAUUGUCGAGCUGAAGCAGGUCAUCUGA